AUGGCAGAUCCUAAAAAAGUUAAUCCUGCUAAUACAUCCCUCAUCUCCCAUACAUCAACAACCUCGAAUCCUACAGAAAGUUUAGCUGACAACCCUUCCCAAAGCGCCAACAGAGUGCUACAAGAAUUAAGAGAAAAGUUCAAUAUUUACCAUGAUAUUGCCAAUUCAGAUAAAGAAAUCAUCUUGCAAAGCCUCGAAAAGCUCAGCAAAACUGAAAGCACUGGAUCUGAUUUCUAUGCUUUAAAAUACAUAGAAAUCGGCAAAGCCUGUGACUGAAUCGAAACCAGAAAAGAUGCUUUAGGAAAGGCGGAAUUUGUAGAAAGCACAGUCAUAAGCGAAGAUAGAGAAACAACAAAAAAAAUGCUUGGAUUUAUUAACAAAAUGAAUAUUAGCAGUGAAAUUAUAAAACAGAGAGUUGAAAAACUAAUCGCUCUAUUUGGCCAUAAAGACCAAGCCCUUCCAACUCCUUCAAUUCCUUCUGAAGAAGAAAAAGGCAAAGCAUUUAUAAUAAACCCUCAUACAGAAAUCGAUUUCAAUCGAGAUCGCCCAAUUUACUGUAACCGAAUAGGUAUGAUUAUUGAUGAGAUCAUAUGGAAAGGGAAAAUUAAAAGCACUGGGGCUGAGGUUUCCAUUAAAAUUUAUAGAAGUAAAAACGAAGAAGAAGUAAGGAAAUAUGAAAGGGAAGGCAAAAUUAUGCAAUUUCUGCACAGAAGGCACCCAGUCUUCUUAGACUAUUAUGGGAUGUUUUAUGAAAGUAUAAUGGAAGGGAUUGAGCAGUAUCAUCUUUUGUAUCUAGUUACGGAGUAUUGUGAAUGCUCUCUCAUGGAUGAUAUGUCGCUCCGCACUCAAUUUCAGCAAUAUUAUAUAAACGAUGGCAGCUAUUAUACAAUUGUUCUAAGCCUUUUAGAAGGUUUCAUAAUACUUGAAGAAUUAAAAAUUUAUCAUCAAAACAUAAAGCCUCAUAAUAUUUUUCUUGCUAAAACUGGGCAACUCAAAAUCGCAGACUUCAGUAAUUCAACAUUUGACGAAGCCCCAGAAUCUACAUGUACGAAUAAGCGUCUACAUGCUAUAAAAGGAACAAAAAUUUAUAUGGCCCCAGAGCUUCAAACUGCAAUGGAUAGGAUUAUAACUGAACCUAAAGCUCCAAGGUACAUAAAAUAUAAGCGUAGAAAAGCUGAUGUUUAUUCUUUAGGAUUGACAUUCCUGCAGCUUUACUUUUUCAUGCCUGUCACAGAUAUUAAUAGAUGCACUGAUCAAGAUUAUAUGAAUAACUACUUGUAUCGGCUUCAACCUCCUCACGUUGCUAUUAUGCUAAAAGGGAUGCUUGCCUUUGAUCCGAAAUUUAGGUUUAGCUUUAAAAAUGCGAUAGCUGCAGUUCCGACCUCUUAUAGCAGCCAAGACUUUUCAGAUGACGACUAUCCCAUCAGCAAUUUCAGCUACAAACUCAGAAAAAACUCCACCAGCAAUCUGAACACUAGUUAG